AUGGCCAAAAUUCUCACAUGGACCAUGAUCACUCAGGCCGCUCUGGGCAUCUUUCUCAAACUCCAUGUCAUGGAACGUAAUGUCCGUCCAUGGGUGGUACCCUUCCACUCUGUGAUAGGAAAGACCUUCCCAGUUCUUGGAUGGACGCAAAUAAUGUUUGGAGUCGCAACCGCUCUCGACUUUUGCCGAGGAGGCAAUCUGGGGCAAUGUACGGCGCACUAUAUCAUGGGCUCAGCGUUUAUCGGUUAUGCCGCGAUCUUGGUGAUCAUGCUGAAUUUGGGUGGCAAGUGGCUAGAGAGGAAGAAGUGCAGCCAAGAGAUGUUGGACAGCAGUGUCAUCACUGCCUGGGGCAUCGGCGUCCUCUGGUGGGCUGGAGGUAUGCUGGGUAUCUUCCUUAGCCGGAAGGGGAAGCGUUCAUUUGUGCCCGCCGUCAUCAUUCUCAUGACCGGCUGGGGUAUGAGUGCUCAUGAACAAGCUCUCAUGAUCUCUUCCAAGAUUCAUGGCCUUUUUGGGUAUGCUCUGAUGGGCGCAGGUGCUCUGAGAGUUGUGGAGAUCUGCUUUGUGUUGAACGAUCAGCCCACUCCAAGCUCCGGGCACGUCAGAAUUUUCCAACACUUGCCUCCUUACCUUCUCGUUCUCGGAGGCACGCUCUUCAUCUCCGCCACUGACGAAGAAAUGCACAACGCCGACAACCUCGGUAUCGACCACGUCACCUACGCACUCUUUGACUUUUCGCUCUCUUUCUUGAUCUACCUCACUAUCACCUUCCUCGUCCAUCUCUACUCUAAUUCAGGGCGCAACUCCCUCGAAUCUCGAGAUGGUGACGGCGGGGAAAGAGGGAGGGAGACCUUUGACAGUGAGCACGAGGGACAUGGGUAUGCCAAGGUCUCCACGGACGACAGACGGUCAGGGGAAAGACGGCGAGGCGAAGCGGAGGAUGGGCCAGAGGCCUUUGAGCUGGAAGAGAGAGAGUCGAGCAACGAAAGCGAGGCGGUCAAAAUUGGCGGCGAAGACGAGGUCGAUUGGAUAGGAAGAGGACCUGGGGUCAGUCUGUAG